AAGCCAAGUAUACACAGCAUUCCUAUCCAACUGUUUUACUUCACAAAUUUGCAAAGGCUCAGUCUGUGUGAUAAUCAACUGCAAGACAUUCCAUGGUCUAUUAUUUACCUGCGGCAACUCAAGGAACUCGAUGUUUCCUUCAAUGCAUUGGUAGGUGCUGGUUUUAUUCAAUUUUGAGAUUGUUUUAUUCAUCCUAUACCAGGGCUGUCAACCCCCCACGUCCUCAGAUAUUGAGAAUUGUUGGGAAGGGACGAUAGAUGACGUCAUAAUGCACGGCACUUGACGUCAUUUGUGACAAAAAAAAACUGUGAAAAAGAUGUUGUUGGAAUUGUAAAAUUUGACCUAAUUGAUUUACUUCCCACCAAUCACAUCAUUGCUUAUAUUACAACGGCAUACUGGAGUUUGUGAGGAAAAGUUCGAUGUUAACAGUUAAAUAGCUCAAAUAAGGAAAAAUAUGUGAAAUUUCAUUGUCAGAAAGUCGAAUCUACAAGAAAUGGCAAACUUCGGCGAUUAUCUGGGAGAUUUCAGACUCUAAUCUGGAGACCGGGAGAAAUGGUUCAAAAUCUGGUGUCUCCCAGAUUAUCCGGGAGAGUAAUUGACAGCGGCCCUGCUAUACAAUGUUAUUAAUUCACAGCAGCUGAUCACAUGAGGCUUGAUAUUGGCCACAAAUUAGGAUAUUAUCUGUACCACAUUGCUGUAAGUGUAUAAUAGGCUCAUUUAUUACUUAUUUCACGAUACUAAAUCACUUUUGGGAAAUUCUUUUUGCUAAAAUGUGGAAAAGCCCAAGGCUUAAUUCAAAUGUAAAUGAAAUACUGUAUACAAUGUUGUGUAGACAGUUACAAGCACAUACUGUUAUUGGUUAUGGUACUUGUUAACCACCUUUUAAAAGUUCCUGGAAAUUCAAGCACACAGUUAAUUUGUGUUCUCAAAGAACUGUCCAUCCACUUGUUAAAAAUUAAUCAUUAAUUCUUGUUGUUUUCUUGAACAUUAGCAUGUUCAUAUUUUGUUAGCUAAAUAAUAAUAUUGUCCAUUUACUUCUAUGUAAAAAAAUGUUUUCAAUUAUAUACUAUGUGUUUAUGUUACUCUUUAAUUGCUUAUUCACUAUGAGCUGUUAGCUAUUAUUGUUUCCCCUUAUUAUUUUACUUAUCAAUUUUUAUUUUAUUAGAGUGUUCUUCCAAGAAUUGUGUGCUAUGUUCCAACCUUGCACGUUCUAUCAUUUCAGUAAGAAGACUAAAACUUUGCCACAGAAAUAUAUUUGUCCUCAAAAAAAUGAAGGGAUCAAGAGCAAUAUUAAGUGACUAUUCUUUAUUCAAGGGAGUGCUUCUUUUUUCAAGUGUAAGAUGUUUAGUUUUGAAAGCCAUGAAAUUCAUCUGUUAGCCCUUUUGGGCCCCUUCACAGACCCAAAUGACAGAUUUUCCUACCCUGUCGUAUCCUUCAACGGUAAAAUCCCCACCCUUUCAUAUACCUUAAGCCUAAAAAUGGUACCCCUUUCAGGUGGAGCCUCCCCUGAUAGGCCAUUAUAGAGAGUACCCCCUGGGCGUGGCAUGCAUCACAAUGGGUGGGGCAUAUAAAGUCUCUAUUUUCUUGGUGCUCUAGAGUACUUUUAAAACUACGUAUAAGUUCAUGGUGAAGAAAAUGUUCCAAAGGGACUAAUACUAAUCCUCCAUCCUCUCUCUUUUUAUCUUUUUCUUCAGAAACAACUUUAUCACCUAUUUACCAACAGAGCUGCUUAAUUUACCCAGUCUUAAGACUUUAGAGGCGCAAGAUAAUCCCUUGGUUUCGCCUCCUCCAGCAAUCGCAGAGAGAGGAAGAGAAUCCAUUUUAGCUUACCUUAGAAAGAGAAAAAGCAGAAGAAACAUGUUUUCAGACUUCAAGCCAUGGAUCUCUCCAAAUGAUAACCUGGUCACUGUGGAGGUAUCAACCCUGGUAGAGCUCUGUGUCAAGUAA